CAAGUCAGCACACCGCCUGCCCAUAAGGCUGCCGGAGCCACCGGGGAGUCCGCCAUCAUUGGGUGGAGUUCCUGAUAUAUUCGAGGGCGGGGUUUAUGGCGUCAUCCGACGAGCCGUCAUUAUUGGUAAUGGAUACCCGGCUACCGAAAACCAGAGCAUCGGCUUGGUACGCGCCCUAGGGCUGACGGAAAAGCAAACUCUUUAUCGGGUUACAAGACCAAGAGGAGGAAUCAAUGAAUGGCUACACUGGCUUCCUGUUUCUGUCCACAAAAAGUUUUAUGACAUUAUUAGCCUGAUUUAUAGUUAUUCUCGAAUUCUGAUGGCUGGAAGGGGAAAGAAACUGGUGCCUUUGCCUACGGAGAAUGGUCAUUCUGCCGGCCUAUCAUCUGUAUUGGAAGCUGAUGUAAAAAAUAUCGUGAGGAUGGCUAAAGAAACUUCUGAGAAGGAUGGUCCAUUACUGGUGGUUGCAUCUGGAAGAGAUACUAUUUCAAUUGCAAGCUCUAUAAGAAGAUUAGCAUCUGAAAGUGUGUUCGUCGUACAGAUUCAGCAUCCAAGGUCCCGUUUGGACAGGUUUGAUAUGGUGAUUGCCCCACAGCAUGAUUACUAUCCUUUGACGCCUCGUGCACAGGAGCAGGUUCCUCGGUUUCUCCGGAGAUAUAUAACACCACGUGAACCUCCUGAUGGGCAUGUUGUCCUUACUGUAGGAGCUCUUCAUCAUGUAGAUUCUGCUGCCCUUCGUAGUGCAGCUAAUGCAUGGCAUGAUGAGUUUGCACCCUUACCAAAACCGUUGCUUGUAGUCAACAUUGGAGGGCCUACAAGGUACUGCAGAUAUAGCACGGACCUCGCAAAGCAAUUGAUAAACUCUCUCCACAACGUAGUCACGAGCUGUGGAAGUGUGAGGAUAUCUUUCUCAAGGAGGACACCAGAAAAGGUAUGAGAAUAAGCCUCCAUAUGGAAACCAAUUUAUAAAUGGUUUAUGAAUUGAGUCAAAGUCAAGCAUUAAUUCAACCACACAUUCAUAAUUAUUACUCAUUUAUUAUCCACUCAUUUCGUGGACCCACUAUUAUGUCUUUAUGAUUUAUAAAUUUGCCAAAUGAAAGCUAAGUUGCACU